AUGCAAGAACUACAAAUUAAGGACUAUGAGGCCUACGAGCGGUACUAUUCAACUGAUCGACUUCCUUUCCACGUACCAUUCAACUUUCGGCGGUUCAAAUUACUGGCUAUUGCAGUCCUUGUUUUUGUGCUCGUAUCUUACGUUAGAUUCCGUUAUUCCGGUGUAGCCGACUUCGACCUUUCGCUAGGAGCUCAUAUAUCUACCAAGACACUUGGUGGUGUUUUACGAUGCGAUCCAGAAGUGAUGAAGCCGUCUGCCAAAACACCUGAUGACGUCAAUCAAGUUCGACCAGCUGAUAUAAAUGUCAUUGCUGCAAUGGGUGACUCAAUCACGGCAAGUUUUAUAAUUUGUUUGAAGGUGGCUGAGCUGUCGAGAAAUUACGAUGAUGAUCUAUAUAAUGUCUAUCCCGGAAAUUCGUAUGUUAUUGGAGGUGAUGAAACACUCGAAAAGCACAUAUCUGUGGCCAAUAUACUACGAGUUUUCAAUCCAAGUAUUGUGGGAAUGUCACAUGGAACUGGUUAUGACAAUACCGUUUUCAACGUUGCAGUAAGUGGAAGGACAAGCAUGGACAUCCCUAGGCAAGCAGAAGAACUUAUUCAUCGGAUGAAAGCUAGAGGAGUUCGUUUAAAGGACGACUGGAAACUAAUUUCGAUAUUCAUUGGAACAAAUGACUUGGGGGAAUUAAGAUGUUAUUCGAAAGAGAAACGUGGCGAAUAUGACAAGUCGUUCUAUGCAAGUGAUAUAUUCCAUUUGAGUAAGUACGGAAAUGCCGUGCUAGCAAAGUUUCUUUGGAACAAUCUGAUCGAACCAGUUGACCGAAAGACGACAAAAGCCAAUCUGGGAAACGAUGACUUUCCUAUUAUGUGUCCUCCAAAGGUGUGUUGA